AUGCUCAAUGUGCGAUGCAUAGAGAACGUCGAAGAACCCGUUCUAGAGCAUAUGAUGGAUGAGAUUGAGUCGGAAGUGGAUCCUAGUGUGCAACAGCCUCUGGCACUAGAAGAUGGGGAGCAGAGCGAUCAAGGUGUCUUUACAAGAAGACGGCUUGUAUCCGGAUUUUAA